AUGUCUUCCAAGCUCUUCGCAAUUGUCAUUGGCGCUGGCACGGGUACAGGCCGCUCAUGCGCUCUUCGCUUCGCUAAAGCCUACCCAGUAGUCCUCAUGGCACGCACGCCGACCUCCUAUCAAGACACCGUGAACGAGAUCAACUCGUCAGGCGGCAAGGCCAUCGGCAUCAGCGCAGAUGCUGCCGACGUCGCGUCUAUGGACUCGGCCUUCGAAUCCAUCAAGACCGACAUGGCCGGCUUGAGGCUCGCGGCUGCAGUUUAUAAUGUGUCGGCCGGAUAUGGCGUAAAGGCGUUUCUCGAGACCAAAGUUGAGGAUUUUGAUGCUAGUGUGACGGGAAAUGCACGAGGGUUUUUCCUCUUCGCCCAGAAGACAAUGCCACUUCUCCUGGAUGCCGUCGGAGCAGGACAGUACCCACCGACCUUGAUAGCCACCGGGGCGACAGCCGCAGUUCGUGGCUCGGCCAAGUUCAGCGCCAUGGCCUCGGGAAUGUUUGCUAGACGGGCGCUCAGUCAAUCGCUUGCGCGCGAGUUCGGGCCCCAGGGAGUACACGUUGCUCACGCCAUCAUCGACGGUGGGAUUGAUGUGCCGAGAUCUAAGGGAUAUGUCAUGAAUAACGGGGUGGUGGACGGCAAGCUCUCUCCGGACGCUAUCGCUGAGAGCUACUGGCACUUACAUACGCAGCAUCGCUCGGCUUUCACUCAAGAACUCGAUAUGCGGCCAUUUGUCGAGAAGUUUUGA